AGUUACAACCAGGUAACCCUGGAGUGAAGCCGGUUAGUUAGAAGGAGGCAGCUAAACUUGUCACUCUGGUGGCUUUAACCCUCGCCCUGAGGCACUUUAGCAAGCAGCCUUUGCCUGCAAGCCUCUGAAGCAUGUCUUUGCCUCAGAUGGAGCCAGAAGAAGCUAAUGGGAAAGGAAACAUGGGCACCAAGAAAAAGAACCUGAACUUCUUGAGGUCCCGGCUCUACAUGCUGGAGAGAAGGAAGACUGACACUGUGGUUGAGAGCAGUGUUUCUGGGGACCACGCUGGUACCCUGAGGAGGAGCCAGUCUGACAGGACCGAAUACAACCAGAAACUGCAAGAAAAGAUGAGUCCACAGGCCGGGUGUGCGGCGGAGACCCUGACUCAGGAGGAGGAGGAGGAGCAGCAGACGCGGAGGAUGAUGGCGAGGCGUUCCAAAAUCAUCGAGGAGCUGGUACAGACGGAAAGGGACUAUCUCAAGGAUCUAGAGCUGUGCAUUAAGGAAGUGGUUCAGCCCUUGAGAAAUAAACAGAUUGAUCGGCUGGACGUGGAUAGCUUGUUUAGCAAUAUUGAAUCCGUGCAUCAGAUAUCAGCCAAGCUGCUGUCAUUGUUGGAAGAGGCCACAGCAGACGUGGAACCGGCCAUGCAAGUAGUCGGAGAAGUGUUCUUGCAGAUUAAAGGGCCGCUGGAAGAUAUUUAUAAAAUCUACUGCUAUCACCAUGACAAAGCGCACAGUGUCCUCGAGGCCUAUGAAAAGGAGGAGGAGCUGAAGCAACAAUUGAGCCUCUGCGUCCAGUCCUUACAGAACAUAUAUAUGCAAGAAGGCAAACCGAACCUAACUAACAUGAGCUCCUUGUUGAUCAAACCAAUCCAGCGUGUGACGAAAUACCCCCUAUUACUGUGCGAACUUCGCAAUUCUACCCCUCCCUCUCACCCAGACUUCAGAGCCCUGGAGGAUGCCUGUGCUGCUGUGAAAGACAUCAAUGUAAACAUCAAUGAACUGAAAAGACGGAAAGAUUUAGUUCUAAAAUACAAGAAGAAUGAUGAGGAUGAAUCGCUUAAAGAUAAAUUGUCGAAACUAAAUAUUCACUCAAUUAGCAAGAAAUCAAAGAGAGUGACAAAUUAUCUCAAGAUUCUGACCAGAGGAGAAUCACAGAAGAAUGAUGAGGAUGAAUCGCUUAAAGAUAAAUUGUCGAAACUAAAUAUUCACUCAAUUAGCAAGAAAUCAAAGAGAGUGACAAAUUAUCUCAAGAUUCUGACCAGAGGAGAAUCACAGGUGAAAGACAACACCUUUAAUAGAGAAGAAAAGCUAUUUAGAUCUUUAGAAAAGACCGUGAGGCACUGUGUGAAGAACAUUUCAUUCUGUCUUCAACACAUACAGGAUGCCAUGCACUUUGCCCUGCAGAGCAUGCUGGAGCUCCAGGAGAUUUCAUGCACCAAAGAUGAGGAAGAGGGGGGGCAUCCAGAGGCCUCAAGGAAUGGCCCAUAUCCCUGUGAUGACUUUGCAGCUCACUUACAGAAGCUCGUCCUGACGCCCCUGUCAGCCCUGCUGUCCCUGUUCCCAGGGCCUCAGAAACUCAUCCAGAAGCGCUAUGACAAGCUGCUGGACUACAACAGCUACCUGCAGCGGGCAGCAGGGGAGGAGUCAGACUUGGCCAAAAAGGAGUACGAGGCCCUCAACGCCCAGCUUGUGGAGGAGCUCCAGGUGUUCAACCAGGCCGCACGCAAGAUUCUGUUGAACUGUCUGUGCAGUUUCAUCACCCUCCUCCGGGACCUGACGCUGGUGAGACAGCAGCUGUAUUCCACGGUGGUGCCGGUACCAUUGUUGGUUUCAGACAUCUCUGAAAUGCAGAACAGAGUACUAGAAGAGGUUCAAAAUCUGAAUUUUAUAAAGGACAACAGUGCCACCUUUAUUGAGAGAAAACUUAGUUUUGAAAAGAAGAAGCCUGUGCAAAUUCCGCCAGAAGUGCCGCGUCAAACUGACACUCACCGCUCCAAACUUCUGUCCACAUACACUAGAGAGGAACUCUACCAAGCUAAGCGCAAAUGCAAUGCUACACAAGAAUAUGACAUCAAUCUUCUGGAAGGGGAGUUGGUGGCUGUGAUGGAACAGAAAGAUCCAUUGGGGAGUACGAGCAGGUGGCUUGUUGACACAGGAAUUAUUAAAGGAUAUGUGUACUCUUCCUUCCUAAAACCCUACAAUCCGGCCAAAGCGCAGAAGAUGGGUGCUGAGAACAGGUCCUGUGAUGAUGACUUUGAUAACAUCAGCCUCUUUGUGUCUUCGCGGCCAACUCGGGACAGUGUCACAAGCACCCCAGAAGGUAGCAUAAGUGACAGCAGCUCCUCUCUGAGUGGCACAUGUGGAAAGUUUGAAACAAACGGCACUGAUGUUGACAGCUUUCAAGAGGUAGACGAGCAGAUUUUCUAUGCAGUUCAUGCCUUUGAAGCACGGAGUAACUGUGAACUCAGCCUUCAGGAAUACCAAAGAGUUCAUAUACUUAGAUUUUGUGAUCUGAGUGGCAAUAAAGAGUGGUGGUUAGCUGAAGCUCGAGGGCAGAAAGGAUAUGUGCCAGCUAACUACCUUGGAAAGAUGACUUACGCUUAAGAAAAUCAGACUUCUGGCUUACUUAAAAGUGAAGAUAUUCUGAAUGUGUUCUUUACCAUCAUGAAAGGUUGACUCUAAGGACAAGGUUUUUUUCAACUUACUGUAUUUUAUUUUUCUGUAUUAUGUAUUUCACCAUAAAAAUGUUGUUUUUCGCGUCUCUUUGUUGCACAUCCUUACACACACAUAUCCUAUAUAAUAAAAGCCUAAUAUGCAAAUUGUCAC